GGCUGUCAUUCUAGUACUACUUUUCCGACCCGUUCUCUCUUUCUGAUCCGCCAUUGUGUCAAGAUUGUUGUCCGACGAUUUGCUCUGACCUAAAAAUCACCAAAAAUGGAGAACGACGCCGGAGAAUUCGUUGACUUGUACUGCCCAAGGAAGUGCUCGUCCAGCAACCGAAUCAUCCACGCCAAGGAUCAUGCCUCCAUCCAGAUCAACAUCGUCGAUGUGAACCCCGAGACCGGCCGUAUGCUGGAGACCUCCAAGGUGUACGCCAUCUGCGGUGAAAUCCGUCGUAUGGGAGAAUCGGACGAUUGCAUCGUUCGUCUGGCCAAGAAGGAUGGACUCCUGACUAAAAACUAUUAAAUUCAAUGUAUCUAUCCUAAGGAUAAACAAUGAAAACACCUUAAAAAUUUAAA